CCUGGCUAUAAAAGCCCGAUUCUACGAUCAAUAAACGCUUCUUCUUAUGCUUGCACGGGACUCGUCUCAUUCGGGGAUCGGAGCGCGCGCUGGGUGGAAUAUUACGAUGUAACAGUGGCGACGAAGGCGGAAAAAACCCUCGGAAUCAAGAACGAGCCAGACAACGGGGACCAAGCAGCGGCUGCGGAAAGAAUUGUUCCAAUGGCGCAUCAACAGCUACCGGAUUAUGACGACGAAAGGGACAACUGGAAAGCAUACAUCAUCAAAGCAGAGGCUUACUUCGAAGCGACGGGUAUCAGCGACCAGACCAAGAAGAGGGCAUUGCUUAUCGCGGCGCUGAACACAAGAACCGUGCAAGUGCUCGCAGGAAGGGUGGCACCAAGGAAGCCCAACGCGCUCACCUAUGACGAAGUAGUCAAAACACUGGAUGAUUACUUCGACCCAAAGCGUCACGAAACUACGGAAAGUUUUCGGUUUUUCAACCGCUCUCAAAAGGAAGGUGAGCCUGUUCAUGAAUUUAUUCUGGAACUACGACGCAUUGCCGACAAUUGUAAUUUUGGCACAAUGCUCGAUCGAAUGCUUCGAGACCGUAUUGUAUGCGGUGUACGGUCCAGCGCGUUGCAGAAGCAUUUGCUGGCAAAGGAAAAUUUAACACUGCAGGAAGCGGAAACCAUGGCGCUCGCAGCCGAAGCGGCGGAAAAAGGGGCGGAGAAAAUAAGCUCAGAGCUAACAGUGCUUAACGUUGAUGCGCGACAGAGAACGGGGAACGAGGUGGUGUCAGAAUGCAGCCGGUGUGGCAGCAGCAGGCAUAGCAGCAAUGCUUGUGGUUGGUUGAGGGCACGGUGCUACCGCUGCGGUAAGCUAGGGCAUAUUGCUAAGAAGUGCUUGAGUGACGCCCACGGUCUAAGGCCUAGGUCAAGCAGGCGAGCACCUGGGAACGUACGCGGUCGAGCUCUUGCAGUAAAUGCUGACUCAAAUGACGAAGACUUUGAUGAUGCUACGCAUGUGUGGACACUAAGCUCGGCACGUAUUGCUCAGUUGGAACCGCCUAUCAAACGCACUUUCACUUGGGGUGGUGUGGACGUGUCAAUGCACGUAGAUACUGGCUCCCCAGUGUGUGUCGUACCAAGGCAAAUUUUCGAGAAACACCGACAACAAUGGCCAAUUCCGAAGCCCACAAACAUCAAGCUAUCAUGCUACCUCGGAAAAAUUCCAGUGAUGGGGGAAUUGCGUGUACCGGUGUCAUAUAAUGGCGUAUCCUUUGACUGUCCCUUGAUCAUCCUAGACUGUACAGGUCCCAGUCUAUGCGGACGUGACUUGAUCGCCCAGAUUUCAAAGUCAGGAAUGCCAAUCUUCAACCUGAGGGCCCAGCCGGACACCCAUUCGGGAACGACCACGUCUGCCGUAGAGGACAUCCUCGCCGAGUUUCAAGACGUGUUCCAGCCAGAAGUCGGAGUGAUUGAUGGGCCCCCGGCGCGCCUACUGCUAAAGGAGGGAGCCACACCAAAAUUUUGCCACGAGUUCACCUUGGUCACCGACCACCAGCCGCUCCUGGGCCUCCUGAAGUCUGACAGGCCUACACCACCACUGGCUGCUGCUCGUAUCCAGCGGUGGGCGUUGUAUCUCGGAGGAUUCCGCUACAGGCUACAAUACUGUCCUGGCAAGCUGCUCAUAAAUUCAGAUGCCCUGAGCCGCUUGCCCCAAAAGACGAACGAGUCGGAGGCCGGAGGUGAGCCUGCUGAUUAUCUCCUAGCGUUGGAAACCUUCUCAGACGGGACUAUUUCACUGACGGAGUUAAAACGACAAACGGCAAUCGACCACAUCUUAUCAAAAGUCGUAAGAUAUGUACUGCAGGGCUGGCCAGCAAGUAAGGCUGUGGAAGCGGACAUGAAAGCAUUUUUUGACCGGAGAUUGGAGCUGUCCGUAGCACAUGAUUUAUUGUACUGGAGCCGGAGAGUUGUGAUUCCAGAAAAACUGCGCGCACAAGUGUUGGAACAAUUGCAUGAAACGCAUCAGGGUUCCUCGGCCAUGAAGGCAGUCGCCAGGUCCUCUUUUUGGUGGCCGGGUCUCGAUAGCGAUAUCGAACGGCUAUCCGCUUCCUGUAAAAGAUGCAUUCAAAACCUGCCUAUGCCGUCAGCCGCACCAGCAAGGAACUGGCCUAAGACAGUGGAGAGCUGGGAAAGAGUACACGCUGACUUUGCUGGGCCGGUCGCGGGUACAAUGAUCCUCGUGCUUGUAGACGCCCACAGCAAGUGGAUAGAGGCUGUUCCCAUGAAGAGAGCAAGCACCUCUGCUACUGUGAGCUGCUUGAGGAAUAUAUUCUGUCGAUUCGGUAUUCCCCGUACCAUCGUAACAGAUAAUGGCACACAAUUCACCAGCGAGGAGUUCGCGACAUUCACGAAGCGGAAUAAUGUAACUCACGUGCGCACGCCUGUGUACCACCCGCAAUCAAACGGGUUAGCGGAAAGGGCUGUUCGCACCAUUAAAGACGGCCUCAGAAAGAUGGGCAACGGCAGCAUAGGGGAUAACCUGGAUCGUCUUCUUUUUAAUUACAGACGGACUCCCCUCAGUUCUGGAAAAUGCCCUUCUGAACUUCUCUUAGGCUACCGCAUCCGUUCCCGCUUGGACGCAUUAUUCCCCCCCAUUCAUGCAGGAUCUACAAAAACAGACGAGUGGACGGUGCCAGCGGAUGUCGCCGUUCAUGUCCGUAAUUAUGGGCAGGGAGAUAAGUGGACUCCGGGAAGAACCGUAUCUGUAUCCGGCGCCCGAAUGGUCACCAUUGAUACACCUGAGGGACCCGUACGGCGGCACGUUGAUCAGGUGCGCUCGGCCCAGUCAAGCCCGGAGCAGUGUGAACCUAUUCCCGAAAACAAGGAAGAGACAGAACCAUCCACGAAUCAGGUAGUGUCCCCAGUACGACCACCUGUCCAGGGGCCGACGCAAGACACCCCACCUGCCGAUGCUGGCGAAGUACCGCUACGUCGUUCAAAGCGACAGCGGAAACCACCACAGCGUCUCUACAAUCUUAAGGGAAGAGAAAUGUAGCAACGGAACCUAUCUGGCUACCAUCGCCGCUUAUCACGACAAAGCUAGUCACACGUGGGCACAAGCAGUGCUAACUUCCCCCUCUCCCCUCCUGGCUAUAAAAGCCCGAUUCUACGAUCAAUAAACGCUUCUUCUUAUG